GGAAAAUUGUUUAAUUGUCUAAUAAACAAAUCUCAAAAGCUGACGACAGUUAAUUGAGCUUUCAAGUCAAUAAAGAUACAUUAAUUUAAAUAUUUAGGAGUAUCACUUCCUUUAUCUGUUUUAAUUCCUUAAAUUAUAACAAAAUAAAAUAAUGUUGCGGCAAUCAAAUUUAUGUUUGUCGUUUUUAAGUCAAAUAACAUCAAGGCGAUAUGCUGGUCAUAGUAAAUGGGCAAAUAUAAAACAUAUCAAAGCAGCCAAAGACAGUCAAAGAGCAGCAACGUUUUACAAAUAUGCGAGAAUGAUUAGAUUAGCAAUUCAAGAAGGAGGUGGUUCAACAAAUCCUGAAUUAAAUUCUAAUUUAAAGUCUGUUGUUCAAAUGGCUUUAAAAGGAAAUAUGCCAAUGUCAACUAUUAAUAAUAACAUUAAAAAAUUUAACGCAAACGAUGCUAAGUUGGAAAAACAUUUUCUUGAAAUCAAAAUUACAACUAGACUUUUUAUGAUUUGUGAACUUUAUACUGACAGCAUGGUAAAUGUGAAGCCAUUGAUAAAUGUAGCUAUGAGAAAAGCUGGAGGUAAAUCUGUUUAUGCUGAUAUUAAGCACGCUUUUGAUGAGGUUGCUUACGUUCAAGCCACUAAAAAAGAUGAAACAAUCAAAAGUGCUUCUGACUUCGAAGAUAAAUUAACAGAAGAUGCAAUUGAGUGCGAUGCUGAAGAGGUUGAAGACAUUGAUUUUGAGCAAAUGUCAGCCACUUUUAUUUGUUUGCCGAGAGAUAUAGAAAAAGUUAAAAAGAAUUUAAUGGCAAAAGGAUAUUCAAUUGAUCAUAGCGAUCAUAUAUUCAUACCAGUUCAAGUUUUCACGCCAACAGAACAGGAGAAAAAAGUUUAUGACAAACUUAAACAUCUUUUGAAUCAAAUUGAUGGUGUUGAGAAUUUAUUCGAUAAUGUUGAACACAGUGAAGUGUGA